AGUUCUGGCCUGGAUAUUCGGAGAACCUUAUAACGUUGACCCUGAUCGGCGACGUUCCUCUCUGCCUUUUCCUGCACCAGCCUUUGAACUGUACUCUACGAGACUCGAUCGAUCCCCGCGACCAUGACGCAGUACGGCCCGCUCACUCAGGCGGCCCUCCUGAAAUGGGUCAACUCGUUCGAGACUCGGCGCAAGGCCGAGACGCUGCAGGAUCUCCGCGACGGCAUCAUCCUGGGCCAGAUCCUCGAGCAGAUGCUCGCGCCCGAAUUCCACUCAUCCCGGCUUGUCCAGAACCCAACCUCGGAGCACGACAGCAGGCAGAACCUCGAGACAGUCUACCGAGGCCUGGCCAGGUUCCUGCGCACCGACAACCCGCUGCUCGCCCCUUCACCCUCCGAGUUCCGCGCCAUUGCCGAGAACCCGACCGAUAAUGCGCUGUGCGAGUUCCUCACCGCCUUCGUCACGGCCGCCUGCAUGGGAUCCCUCUCGACGACGUACGUGCCCAAGGUCAUGAUGCUCGACCAGUCCACCCAGACCGAGGUCGCCAAGAUCAUCAGCCAGAAGACGCAGUUGAAGGAGGACAAGGAGCAAACGGCAGGGGACCCCUGGCUGGCAGAGGACGGGGACGCCGACCUGGGCGUCGACAUCCACGCCGUCAGAGAUCCGGAGCUGAUGUCCGAAGAGCUGGAACAGAUGAAGGCCAAGGUUGAAAUCCUCAAGAGGCAAAAUGCUGAUCUGCAAUCACGGCUCGACAAGCUUGCCGUGUCACGCCAGGCCCUGUCGGACGACCUGAAGGCCGCCCAAGACGAGCUGGCGUCCCUCAAGCGGACUAGGGGCUCUGACGUGACGUCCGCCAUCCGGGACCUGCGCAACGAGAUUCGCGAAAAGAUGGCUGAGAUUGACCGGCUGGAGGACCUACUGGAGAAGGAAACCAUGCGCUCGACGAGGCUCGAGAAGGAGAACGAGAGCCUGCGGGCCAAGGCCCAGCGGCUAAAGGACCUCGAAGACAAGGUCACGGUGCUCGAACACGAGACGAAGCAGCAGCAGCAGCAGAUCAAGGGCUUGGAGAACUACAAGAAGAAAGCCCAGGACCUGACAAUCAUACAGCAGCGCAACCGGGCCCUGGAUGAGCAGAUCCAGCAGCUCGAGCAGGACCUGAAGACCUUCGACGAGGUCAAGGCGCAGAACCGGAGGCUGCAGAAGGAGAUUGAGGAGAAGGUCAAGCUCUUGACCACCAACGAGCAGGAGAUCAUCUACACGCUGCAGUCCAAGAAUGUCCUGCAAGACGCGAACGAAGAGCUCAAGAGAAAGGUCGAGUACCUCGAGUCGAAACGCCAACUGGACGAGAGCACCAUCAGGGAACUCCAGGAGCAACUCCAGCUGGGCGACGUCGUCCAGUCCGGCUCCGACAGCCCCGGUGCGAGCACUGCCAAGUUCAACCUCGAACAGGAGCUCGAGACCACAGCUGAUCCGGCCGUUGCCCUGCGCCUUGAAGUCCAGCGCCUCAAGGCCGAGAACGGCCUGCUUCGCAACAACAUGGCCGUGGCAUCCGAGAACGAGAGGCUGCGCAGCGAGCUCGAGAGCGCUAACCAGAAGGUCGAGCACUACCGCCUCCAAUGCACCGAAGCCAUGGAGAAACACGCCGUGGCGCAGGAGCAGAUCAACGCGCUCAUCAACAACGCCACCGGCGAAGGGGACGCUGCCUUUGUCAACAUGCGCCGAGACCUGCUCGCCGCGACGCGCGAACUCGAGAAGCUGCGCAAGCGCGCGCAGGAGCUCGAGCGCGACGGCGCCGACCGCGAGCGCGAGCUGCUCCGCCUCAAGACAGAGCUGGACGCCAUCGGACAGGAACAGACGGCCGCGCUGGCCGCGCUCAAGUCGUCCGACGAGCUCAUCUCAGAGUCGCUGCGCACCGAGCUCGAGGCCACGCGGCGGCAGCUCACGCAGCGCACGUUCGAGCUCGACCAGAUGAAGGAGCAGCUCAUGGGCGCGCUCGUGUCCAAGGACAAGAUCCAGAAGAAGCUGGACGACGCGCUGACUUCGGCCGCGGCGGGCCGGGAGGAGGCACAGCAACAGCAACCGGCCAAGGGCAAGAAGGAAGAUGCCGAGAAGAUCGAGAAGCUCAAGACCGCGCUGAGGGUGAAGAUGGAGCAACUGGAGAAGUCAGAGCAGGAGAAGUAUGACCUCCAGCGACGCCUCAAGCUUGCUGAGAGCGGUGGUGCGUAUGCGGCUCAAAAGGCCGCCAGCGACCAGAUCAUCAAGAACCUGCAGCGCGAGAACGCCAUGAUCACCACCGCCUGGUACGACCUCACCAGCCGCCUGCAGAGCAACCACGUCGUGCUGCAGCGCCGCCACGACACGCCCCGCAGCUGGCUCAACAAGCAGCGCCAGAUGGUCAACGCCACGCCCAGGAGGUAGCCAGCCCCCCGUCCCCACUCCCCGGCUGCUCCUCCUCCUCCGCUGUCUUGCUGCUGCUCUGCGCGGCCCGCCGCUGGGCGGCUUUGGCUUUUUUCGGCGUCCUGCUGUUGUAUGUUGUUGCCGUUUUGGUGGUGGUGUGGGUGGAUGCCGGCCGGGCUGCUGCUGGUAGGUGGUGGUGGUGGCGGUUGCGCCAGCAGCAGCAGCACCAACAGCGAAACAAGGCGGCCGUUCUGGGUGCUGCUGUGCGUGACGUGGGUGUUGCUCCACGUACAGCAUAUCGUAUGCGCGAGUGAGCAUACUUUGCUCUCAGGGUGGGCUUACCUUCGUAUAUUGUGAACUGGGAUUGAAGGGGGAGGAUGGCAUGCUUGUUGUUUGCGGGUUCCUUGUCGGGCCUGGC